UAGUAGAGUUUCAUUGUUUUUAUUUUUCUUUUCCCUGGGCAUUCAUACGAAGCAAAAUGUCUUUAUUUGUAUUUGACACAUCGGGAAAUCAGGAUCUGCUGAAAACAGACUCCUUGACCGCGCCAAAAAUUAACAAAAAGCAGCGUCAGGUCAUAAGUGAAAAGGAAACUUCAAGCUUAAGUUCAUUUGCGGCAGAGUUGAAAAAUGAGGAGAGUGAUGGUGAAAAGGAACAAUAUGACUUCUUUGGUCUACCACAUCCUAGCGUGGACAUUUCCUCCAUAAUUGAGAAUACCUUAUCGGUGAGCCGCAGAAAACCCACUCAAGUAGAACUGGAAAUGGAUCAUGUUAUUUCCAUGUCUGACGAAGCGGAACGCAAAAAGAAAGAACCCAAGCCGAAAUUAAAGAAAAUGAUAGACUUGGACCACUCCGAUUUCAAUGAAUUUACAGGAAAGCGCGAUGAAUCACAAAUCUUCAAAACUGACAUUCAAAAAGAAAUUGCCAAAUCCGAAAUGGUGCCUAAUUUAGAACAACUUAAAGAACUGCCAAGCAGAAGUGAGAAAAAACAAAGAAUUUUGAACAGGAUCGAACGCUCAAAAACCAAGGGCAAGAAAUGGUUCGAUAUGCCUGCGACAGAAGUAACAGAAGAAAUUCAAAAUGAUUUGAAAAUUUUACAAAUGCGUUCUGUACUGGAUCCCAAACAUUUCUAUAAAAAGAAUGAUCUGAAAGUUUUGCCGAAAUAUUUCCAGAUUGGUACCGUGCAACAUUCUGCUUUAGAUUACUAUAGCGAGCGAGAUGUACGCAAGAAUAAGAAACAUACAUUGGUGGAUGAAUUGCUGGCGGAUACAGAGGCCCAAAAGUACAUAAAACGUAAAAAUAAGGAAAUCGUAAUGAUGAAACAAAAGUACGCCCAACGUAAAGCCAUGAAAAAAAUGAAAAAGCUUAAGAAAAAUAAAUAAUUUUUGCUUUAUUCAGAAAAUA